GUAUGUAUGACACGACGUCGUUAUCAAUAAACCCUUAUUCCUUCAUCCAGGCCAGAAACCUAAGCUCCUCCCUAUCCUCUUACUCUCCGUUUUCCUCUACCAGCUGUUCGAUAAAACUCUUACAAGAAACAAACCCAUGGGAAAGAGAGGAGGAGGGGGAGUCAGCAAAAAACCACCACCGAACACGCUAACAGCGUCUAACAAGUCUUUCGCACUGAGUGCAAAAGGUGGAAAUCACAAUCCCAGGUCAUUAUUGAAACUUGAACACUUGCAGAAUCUUGCAUCAUGGGCUACCGAAGAAGCUUCAAUCCCUUCUCUUGCUGCCUUUUUUGGGCGUCAGUUUGCGUCUUCUGCAGAGGCUUUGGGUGUCCCACUUGACCCUUCUGCUCUGUUUCAGUGUCAGAGGUGCGAGACAUUUCUUCGACCUGGCUUUAACUGCACAACACAAAUUGAAAAGAAUCAACCAAAGGCAAGGCGUCGACACAAGAGAUUUAGUACUUUGACGAAGAAUAAUGUCGUCUACAAAUGCCACCACUGUUUACAUCGAAAUCUAAAGAGAGGAACUCCUAAAGGCCACAUGAAAGAAAUAUGUCCGCCCAAGCCCAAGCCACAUGCUAAACCAACCAAGUCCGUGCUUCAGAAGUCUGCCAACUUGGAGAAAGGCACAAGUAGCAAAGGUGAGAUAGUUAAGAUCGACGGGCCAGCUCUGCCUGCAAUAUCUCUGGAUACUUCGAUCACGAACAAUCCAGCAAAUCCAUUUCCGAGGAUUAAGACAGAUGAGAUAUACAAGAUAGCCGAGACAGCUUUGCCUCUAAUAUCUGUGGACACUUCCAUCACAGACAGUCCAACAACUCCAUUGCCAAGAGUUAAGACAGACGAGAUAAUUAAGAUUGAUGAGACAGCUUUACCUGCAAUAUCCAUGAGCGCUUCAAUCACUAACAGUCCAGCUACUCCACUCCCAAGUGGCAGAUUUUCUCUGCUGGAUGCCAAGAAGAAAAGGAGAAAUAGAUCAGCUAAAAAACCUGAGCAAUCUGUAGGCGAUUCUGCUGCAAUGGAUGCUGAAAACACUGUCAGCACAUCAAGUAAAAGAAAGAGAAAAUCUUGGACAAGCCUGAAGGAAAUUGUGGAGAAUAGAGCACAAUAAGAGUCGAAACAUUAAAACCCUGACAAAGCCAAUGUUUUGUGUAAAAUAGUAAAAUCUUUUUAACAAUGAAGACUGCUGGUAAGAUCAUGGCCAAUUGUUUUUUUACUGCAACAUAAACAAUCUUGAGGGAAGAAAAGGUCCCAGCAGCAAAACAAAGUUUUGGAUUUACUUUUGUAUUUUCGUUAGCAACAUAGAAGUUUGGCCUUUAAUGCUUUUCAAUUUUUCACCAAGGUACUCUGUGUAGAUGGCUACUAGAUUGUUGUUCUGCCGGGUGGAUUAUUUUUUAAGAAAAAAAAAAAAAAACUAGUCAGAUAUUGUUAGUA